CUUCAGUCCAUUCUCGGGUUGCUCCAAUUCCUUAUGUCCAUCCGGGUUCGCCAUUCAACGACGAUGGACGACCUCUCUACGGGCACCGACAGCGACUACGCCAACUCUUGGAUCAGCUGGUUCCUCUCGACAAAGGGGAAUGAAUACUUUGCGGAGGUUGACGAUGACUACAUCCUCGACCGUUUCAACCUCACAGGUCUGAACGGCGAGGUCGUGAGCGAGUACCAGCGCGCCCUAGACUUGAUCACCGACACGCUGGACGACGAGGACCUGGAUGAGGAAACGCGCGAGACUAUCGAGUCGUCCGCGAGAUUCUUGUAUGGUCUCAUUCAUGCGCGCUACGUGAUCACCAGCCGAGGAUUGCAGAAGAUGCUCGACAAGUACCGCAAAGCCGACUUUGGUCGCUGCCCGCGCGUCUACUGCUACUCGCAGCCUCUUUUGCCUGUCGGCUUGACCGACAUCCCGUUCCAGAAGCCUGUUAAGCUCUAUUGCCCCCGCUGCGAGGACAUCUACUCGCCCAAGAGCAACCGCCACGGCAGCAUCGAUGGCGCCUACUUCGGCACGACAUUCCCGCACAUGCUCUUCAUGGCCUACCCGCAAAUGAUUCCAAGCAAGGGCCAGCCAAGCGUAUCGGACCGCUCGGACUUGCGUCGCGAGCCGGCCGGCGUCGGUGCCAUCAGCACUGCCAGGGCGGCCCUCAAGGCUGAACGGUACGACCCGAAGAUCUUCGGAUUCCGGCCGCACGAGGAUGCGCAGCUCGCGCGCUGGCGCACCGCGCGGCGUGAUGCCCAAAUUGCUCGUCUUGAAGCGCUAGAGAAUAACCCCAACUUGUGAUUAUAGAUACAUGCAGCGGAUUCUGAUCGUUA